CCGAAUGCGGAAGAAAAUGCCCAAAACAAAGACGGCACCCGUCAUUGCUUACCGGCGUCCUUCCUUUGUUCAGUGACACAAACUCAGCUCGGACAAGUCACUUACCUCUUUCUCAUUACACUCCACAAUCCCGCGUCGAGACUUCUUGCGUAGCCACUACCGGCAACUUCUACACUACAGCCGUUCAGAAACCCGACAAUGGUAUCUCCCGUGAUACCUCCGCCGGUAGACCCGCGUCAUUACCGCUUCCAUGGGCUCGAGCGAGUGCAAUAUAAUAAGUUCCCAUCCGAUGCCGAGCGCAGGGCCUAUCUGCGCUUCGCGGGGCAUUGGCGCAGCCAGCCGAACCGUCAGGGCAUUCAAGGCUUCAGGAUCAUGAGCGCAUGGAAGAAGGAUCUUCCCGAGAACGAAAGAAGCUAUUGGCUGUCGUUAGAACUGGAUGAUAGCGAUAUCGAAGAGCCUAUCGAGAUCUCAAUCCGCGCUGAUGACGAGCCGGAUGAAGAGACGCAGAAGGAGGAUGUCCGGGAGCCUGAUCCGGAAGGACCACGCGUGGAUGACGGCGUUCGCGGAGACCUGCAUUACCGGUUCGUGAGGACGUUGUGGCGUGCACCGGCGAAUGGCAGAAUGACUACAAAGACAUGGAGCGAGAGCCUGAACAAACUCUACGUAGGAGUUGACCCAAGCGGUAGAAUCAGAGACCGAGUCGUCGUUAAGCUUGUUGAAUAUCUCGACCAGGAAGUGUGCGAUCAACAACGAAGGAAGUACGAAAUGGUAGACAACUUGCCAGAUUCAGGGGUACUGCUGAAGAAUCGGGCUUGGAGAGUAUGCGAACGGGUGGUGAAGGAUCGGAAACGUAUCGGCAUUCGUUCCUACACCGACUACUGCCCAGCGGGGGACCUGAGAGGCGUACUCCUUGCCUAUGACAACAAGGCAUACGACCGAGAUCCAGAUGAUCAAAUCCCCGAAGCUUUUGUGUGGAUCGUUUUCCGCAUGAUUGCAGAAGCACUAUACAAUCUAGACACCGGGCUCGCGUACAGGGAUGGAGCAGACGCCAAUGAAAGGAAGCCUAACUGGAUAUCGAUCCACCACAGGGACGUUAAGCCUGCGAACAUCUUUUUGAAGGAGCCCACAGCACCUUACACGUCGUAUCCUCACCCCGUCCUUGCUGACUUUGAUCUUGCGAUCGAGCUUGAUGAAGUAGGUAUAAAAACGAAGCAGUACGGAACGCAAACGUAUAUAGCGCCGGUAAGUUGCUCAUAAUUUGAGUCAAGAACGAGCGGACAAAACUAAUACAAGAUCUUGGAACAGGAAAGUUUUUACCCAGAGCAGAAAACAGAACCCUUAUCGAACAGAACGGACAUAUGGGGUCUAGGUGUGGUAAUUCGGGACAUGAUGCAUAGCUUUCUCGGGGAACAAGAAGCCAAAGAAACGCGUAAACAAGCAACUAGAAACGCCCGCGACCAAGCCGACGGUUUCUUCUUUGGUGCAUUGCCCUCGACUCAUGGACCAAGCUACACAAAUAGAGUCU